AUGCUGUUUGCGUCACAAGCAAGUUUAGCACAAGAAGUCGAUACAGUAGAUGAAACUGUCUCUAGGAUCAGAGACACGGCUGAAGAAAUGGAGGAGGACAUUCGAAAGAAGGGGAUGCUGUAUUUACAACAGCAGCGGUUCGGGAAGAAAUGGCGAAAGGUCUGGUCUGUGUUGUAUCGAGAAAGCUCCUGCUCCAUCUCUCGCCUUGAGUUUUUCGAGAUUAAAGAUGGAGCUUCCAACCCGCUGGAGAAAGCCAACCGCAAACAGGAAAACAAAAAGGUGAUAAAAAUGAGCGACUGCAUUCGUGUUUCGGAGGCUGAUGUGGAAGGCUGUCCCCGGGAUUGUGGGCCUUUUUUGGUGGAGACAACUGAAAAAACAUUUGUGUUUGCUGUUGAGACAGCUGAACUGGAUGACUGGACCCAAAAACUUUGUGAAAUCGCCUUUCCGAACAACUGGCCAGAGAAAGGCACGAUGAGAGGAAACAGUUUACAUUGUGAACCUGAUGAUGCUACCAUGGCAGACAACACCUUGUACUGCAGCAGAGAAACAACAAUGAAAGACUUUAAGGUGACAGUGAGGCGAUCCGAGGCUUCUGAGAGAUGCAGUCUGAAAGGAGUAGUACUUUUACGGACUGAUUCUGAUAGCCUUCUUCUCAAAGACCCGAAGACAGGAGAGGUCCUUUACUCCUGGCCCUACCGUUUCCUCCGCAGGUUCGGACGAGACAAGGCAACAUUCUCCUUUGAGGCCGGGCGAAGAUGCGAUUCCGGGGAAGGCAGCUUUGAGUUUGAUACAAAGCAAGGCAACGCCAUCUUCCAAUCCGUAGAGGCUGCUAUCAAUCUACACAGAGUCAAUAUACCAACAAAGCAGAUGUCAAAUUCAGACCGAGAUCCCAUGCCCUCUCCACCUCGAAUGAGAGCCCCGGUGGAGAACAUGGGUAUCUACAGCAUGGUGAGUGACACACCGAUCAGAGAUGGGCCCAAACCUCCACAAAACCCUCAACACUCCAGACUGGAAGCCCCAACAGAGAAGCUUCUCACCGGAGUCAAGAGUCUAAACUUGGACACCAGGCCUCCACCGCGUAAGAGCCAAGUCAAGAACUUCCGCAGCUGUCCCUUGGUCAACACUGAGGAUGAGAUGUAUUCAAGGGCCAUGGCCCCAGAUCCGGAAAGAGGAAGUCCAAAGGAGAAGAGAGAACUGAAGGAUAGACGCUCCACGUGCUCCAACCCAGAGGAAUCGGACUAUUCGCUGCCCUUCGACACCAUUGCCAAAAAUGUAAUGGUAGAUAUUUUAGCAACAUCAAACGUUCCACCAAACGCAGCGGAAUCCAAUUGUGAAAAUAACAAGAAAGGCACUGCAGAGAACACUGAACCACUUUAUGACAUCAUAGAUGAGUCCGCUAUUAGAAGCCAUUUCGCAAAUAAACAAACGCAUUCUUACAAACGAAUGGAACACAUCUAUGAUGAACCGGAGGGUUGCGGUGUGGCCCCAAAUGUGCCUCCAUCACUCUAUGAUGAACCAGAGGAGGUUAAAGGUCAUGCUUGGAAGAUGCUGGGCACAGUAAUGGAUCCGAGUGGCCAUGAGUACCCGUAUAAUGCUUCUGUUGAUGACUACGCUGUUCCUAAACCUCCACGGAGAGCCUUGCUGGCAAAACAAAUGAAGGGUGAGGAAGAGGACUGCUCACCAUAUGAUAACAUCAUGGUGAAAGUAAUGCAAAAGAAUAACUAAAGACUGCUUCAGAAUCUUAUAUAAGAAAACCAUAAUGAUUGGGGAUGCUUUGAGGAUAGUGAAGUACAAGUGUUAAACAAUUAACAUGCAGAUAGUGCUUUACUCUUCAAAAAGCUGUGAUCUGCAACACCUAUUAUGAAAUGGUAAACUUUCUGGAAAAAAAGAUUCACUGCAACAUUAUCUAUGGGGCAGAUUCACUAAAUACUUUGUGUCUCCUUUGUUUUAAGAUAAAAAAGCCUACAUCUUAUGCACAGCAAACUAGUUUAAACAAUGUGAUUCAAUUAAAUUAACAGUGCAUUAUAUUGAAUGUGUGAAUAAUUAUUUGUAAAAAUAUUAUGUGUGAAGUAACCGGCUGUUUAUUUGGACAGGCACAGACCUUUUUUUUUCUUUUACAACACACGUUGUUUUAUUUAUUCAGAUUUUACAGUUUUUCUCAAUUGCUUUGGCACAUUAUUCAAAACAGACUUCGCAUUCUCUAAAUGGUGAGUGCAAAUCUCAAAACUGUUUGCUGGAAUUUUAGAACUUCAUUGCAUGUCAACAAAAUGUAGUUACUCCCCAAAACAUUUAAUCCAUGCUUCAAAACCUAGGUAAUUUGUCACUAAUUUGGCCAAAGCCACCAAAACCUAAAGUGUAUUUGUCAUCGUGUGAGCCACAUUACUGUUUUUUUACCAUGACUGUCAACCAUGGAAGUUAAGGUUUAAAAAAAAUCUAACAUUUGUUGAGAAGAAGUGUGGAUAGUACAUAGAAAAAAAAAUAAUGACAAUUUGUAUUUCUACAGUACAAAUGUAUUACAUGCAAAGUGCAAUCUUGUUUGUCAAAUUACUCUAUUAUAAUACUCAAAAAAACAACAAAAAACUAAAAACUACUUAGUGGACAUUCUGUAGAUCUUGCUGGCCUUGCCAGAGAUUACACUUCUUCCAAUUGCUCUUCCACAUGCAUGUUACUGCAGUUCAGUGUGAAUGUAGUGAUUGUGCUGUGGGCAAUCUAUAUACAGUUGAAGUCAGAAUUAUUAGCCCUUUGAUUUUUUUUUUAUGU